AUGGAUAUAUUAUCUGCAACUCUUAUUGGUUCUGUUUUGACUUUAGCCAUUACAAUUUCAAUCGUUUGUUUGAUUUUCAAUAAAGGAAGUAUCGUUGAUAUUUCACUUUUGUUUGCUUAUACUAUUUAUUGUAUAUACACGCUAUCACUUAACUGGAAGGAUGAUGGUACAAAAUUAAAAGGAGGAUAUCGAAAAGAUUCAACAAUGCCAAUAUUCGAAGAUCCAAAACCACUUCCGCUUUUAAUAUACCUUGAUUUUGAUUUGAUGGACUUUAUUAAUCUAUUUUACAAUUUAAAUUUUCACAUAUUAUUGAAAAAAUUUUCAGAACUUAUUUUUAAUUUUAAAUAUGUUUCAGUAAUUGAAAAGGCAUUUUCAUUAAACAUGUUUGUAUCAUUAAUUUAUCGAACUGUGAUAAUUUCAAAGUUAUUAUAUUCUAUUCAAAUGCAAGAAAAAAAUGAUGAAUUUGAUAUCGAAGAAGAACAUUUGGCUUUAUGA